AUGAACCCGACCGGUGUCGACGCCGUCAGUGGCACUUCUACGUCCAGACCAUCUGCGAAUUCUGCUCUGAUGUUGCGCUUGCGCAUCGGAACGGGCGUUGACGCUCUAGACUUCAAGAUGUUUUCUAACAACCCUCACUUGAGUCGUUACUACAUCCAACAAAUUAAUGGACUCAUUCCAAGUCGUUAUCGCCUUCCGAAAAAGACUUUUCGCACGGCCAUCGGACGCGCAAUUGCAGGAGCUCUCACAUAUGUAAACGAAACAUGUCCACCCGCGCUCAGACUGGAUAGACUACCACAUAGUUGCGAUUGGCCGGGUAAAUGUCGAAUCAUCGCAUCUUUAAUACCUGUCAGUUACUUCCCAAGUUUGGGAGAAGUCACUCAUCGCUUCUACCACGGAUUGAUCCGAUACCUUCAAGACACACAGGCCAAAGGUCACAACCUACAUCCAAACACCCCCUCAACAAACCCUCCUCCGGGGUCUGACCAAACAUCCGCCAUCAAAAUUGAAAGUGAGGACGAAGGGCAGUCCGCUCGGUCUCCAGGCAAAACCAAGGGCAGGAGGAAGUCAAACAAGAGGAAGAGACAUUCGGAAGUGUCCGCGAACGCCGCGCCCCAGAAUGAGCGGAACGCUGCUCACCACAACAAACGAACGAAGCCACCGUCUAUGGGACAAAACGGCCCCAUCAUCCCAGAUCCGGUUGUCGAGGUGACGGCGAGACGACCGGACGUCGAUGCGAUCACAGAACAACUUCGCGAGGGACUGGAGGUCUCUCCAGCAAUGGGCCGAACACCAGAGACAUCCGGACAUGAGAGCUCUGAGGAAGAGUCGCAGACUGAAAGUGAGACUAGUUCAGAAGAGGAAUCAGAAUAUGAAGAUAUCAGACCAUCGACCGAAUCUGCAACAGAAGUCUCUGAACCCAGGCGUCCAAAGCCAAAGAAGAAGCCACUCAACGUAUAUCAAGCAAUGUUCGAAGAAGCCCAGGAGGAGAUCCGCUUCUUAACGGAUCUUCUAACAAAAGGUGCUGGCCUCACCGAGGCGGAUCUCAAAGCUGCAAAAGUCCGCGUGAAAAAUAAAAUGGGGUUUAAGUACGCGUUUGAAUCCGUCUUCAACAAAGAGCAAGAAAAGGAACAGCCUACGAGGGCAAGGAAACCUCCAAGGAAGAAGAAACGAGUCACUAUUUGAGACCACGGCGGAUCUGGAUAUUCUGCAGAAGAAUGCGUACCAGGAAAAGUCGAUGAUGCAGUGCAGCCGAACAGUGGCAUCUGGGAUGCGUGAUGCAGCAUGAUCGAGUUUGCAUGGCCAAGCUCAGGCUGAGGAUAUCGGGUGAGAGAGAUAGAGCGUAGAGGGGACGAUGGAUCCCAUUGUGUGUGCUUACUCUCUUUGGAUUGUGUUCAUGUUUGGAGAUGUGAUAUCAGGGAAGUCAGUCUAGACGUCUCAUGCUUGGGCAUUGAGUUUUGUCGGUUGCUGAAGCGAUACCUUUCCAUAAGCGGCAUCAUGCAGGCUCACCGUUGAGUGUACCUAAGAAGUAGCACAGCAAGCAAACAGCA